AUGCUGUUUAAUUUUAGGUUCCUAUACAGUUCUGGAAAUGCAAACAAGAUCCACAUGCAUCUGGGGCGAUGUGUUCGAUACAGGUUUGGGGACCCAACUGAAAUUUGUAUGCAGUUGAAAGGUCGUGAUUUUCUGACUCUACAAAAUUAUACAGCAGAUGAAAUCAAAUAUUUGCUUUGGGUGGCAUCUGAUCUGAAAGAAAGAGUCAAACAUAAAAAAGAGUAUCUGCCUUUGUUACAGGGAAAAUCUUUAACAAUGAUUUUUGAGAAAAGAAGCACAAGAACAAGAUUAUCUACAGAGACAGGAUUUGCUCUCCUUGGUGGACAUCCUUGUUUCCUCACAACACAAGAUAUUCACCUGGGCAUUAAUGAAAGCAUCACUGACACAGCACGAGUAUUGUCCAGCAUGACAGAUGCAAUCCUGGCCCGAGUAUAUAAACAAACAGAUUUGGAACUAUUGGCACAAGAGGCCUCAAUCCCAGUGAUAAAUGGACUCUCUGAUUCUGACCAUCCCAUCCAGAUUUUAGCCGAUUAUCUUACACUUCAGGAACACUAUGGGUCUUUGAAGGGGCUGACCUUAAGCUGGAUAGGUGAUGGAAAUAAUGUUCUGAAUGCCAUUAUGAUGAGUGCUUCCAAAUUUGGGAUGAAUCUGCAGGUUGCUACUCCAAAGGGUUUUGAGCCAGAUCCUACAAUAACCAAAAUAGCUGAAGAGUAUUCUGUAAAGUAUGGCACCAAAUUUUUUCUCACAACUGACCCUUUGGAAGCUGCCAAUGGAGCCAAUGUUUUAAUCACAGACACAUGGAUAAGCAUGGGGCAAGAAGAAGAGAAACAGGAGAGGCUGAGGGCUUUCCAGGGUUAUCAGAUCACAAUGCAGACUGGGAAAGUGGCGUCUCCUGGCUGGACGUUUCUACAUUGCUUACCCAGGAAGCCAGAAGAGGUUGAUGAUGAAGUGUUCUAUUCACCACAAUCACUGGUUUUUAAAGAGGCUGAAAACAGGAAAUGGACAAUUAUGGCUGUCAUGGUUUCCCUGUUGACAGAUUACUCACCGCAGCUGCAAAGGCCUGUGUUUUGA